UAAAUUAACAUUAUAAAUGUAAUCUACUAAUAAAAUAAUCUAAUUUGUUUUGCCAAGUAAGAAAUCAUUCAAAAGGCUUUGUUUCCAUCCCGAUCAAUCAAUCUCUUGUUUUCAAUCCAUCAUUGAUUAGUUUCAGGUUAAGGUGAUCACUGAUCAUAUAAGAUUUGAUCUCCAUUAAAGUAAAUACAUUCAAUGGCCAGGUCCUUCAAUUUAAUUGUUUAUUGGUAAAGUUAAACAAUCAGCUUGUUAACAACACCAAGUUAAAUCUUGAUCAUCAGGUUAGGGUUGAAUCCGAGUCCAUCAAUGAGAGUCAAUGUGUUAAAGUGAAAGUCAAGAUUAGGUGAUGAGAAAAGAUCGGCAUAGAAGAUGAUGAAGACAGUGGAUGAUAUUGAUAAUGGUGAUCAAGAUGAUAAGUUGUUGUACGAGUCCGCCCAUAGGCUAGCCUUAAUAUUUGCGUCGGUGUCCAUUGAAAAUUGUGUGCGGUUACACAACGUUAUGUGUGUCUACCUAAAGCAAGGCUCACACGGUUCAGCUUGUAUAAAACCAUUUGAAGCAACAGUUACCAGUUUCACUUUAACUUUCACUUUCUUUAGGAUCACAUUAAUCCUCACUGUUAAUCCUCACUAUUAAUAUUAAUAAUAUAAUAUUACAAUUUAGUGAAGUGUCAAUUGUGUAAUUUACUUAUAAGUGUUACUUUGUGAAAAACCACAACAACAACAAGCUAAAAAUGAAUUUUUGCCACUCGGUUAUCCUCUUGUUACCCUUUAUUGGUUUAACAAUGACCCAGGAAUACGUCAACUCGGACCCAGCAUCAUAUCAGUUCAGUUAUAACACAGGAGAUUCCGGACCUGCUAAAAUGUUUCGUGAAGAGCAAAGAGCUGCAAGCGGUCAAGUCACUGGAAAAUAUGGUUAUGUUGAUCCUUAUGGACAUAUGAGAAUUGUUCAAUACGAGGCUGGACCUCAAGGAUUCAUCGCUCGAGGAGAUGUUGGACCAGAUCGUGAAGCAAUGAGAAUCGCUCGACAAUUAGCUGAUCAAGACUACCAAGAAAAGUUACCCAUUCUUCAACAAUGGAACGCAGUUGCUGCUCGAUUGUCUGCUGGACCAUCUUUCCCAGCCUGGCCAGCACCAGUUGUACCUUCAACUUCUUCAGUCGGAUCCAGCUCAUCUUCCUCAUCAAGUUCCUCAGGUAACGCCUUGGUUCCUCCAUCACCUUCAUCCGUUGAACGAGCUCGUAUCACCGCAAGCAACCAAGCUGCAUGGGCACCAGCCACCGGAUCAGCUCACUCAUUCACCAACCAUGUUAACCAUUACACAUCAAACAUCAACUCUGUCUGGCCAACAGGAUCAGCCGUAGUAGGACGAUCAGCACCUUUAUUAGCUGCACCACAACCAGCAACCAACUACUUCAAUGGAGCUCCACAAACCUGGUUCACUAUGUCAUCACAUGGAUCCAAUCCUUACAACAUUGCCUACUCGUAUUAAAACCCAGUUUGACAACAGCAAAGCCAACCAAUUGACCCCAAAACUUCCUUCCGCAACCCACUUCCGAACCCCACUCUGACUUUCUUUUUCCUCUUUCUUUGGAUUUUCUUUGAUUCUCUAAUCUGUUGAGAAAAAAAUUCAAAACUAUGAAUUAGAAUAAAGAAAAUUAUUUAAGAAAAUAAAUUGAAAGAAAGAGAAAACGG